AGUUGUUGUUAUAGCAGUCGGCCCCUUGAGCCGGCAGAACAGUUUUAUUCUUCGAAAAGAUUGGAAGUAGAUCUAGUAAAGUAUAGCUGGAUCGGAUUGAUUGGUAUUCCAGGCAGUUUUCUAGUGUAUUCCUAAGAAUGCAAGUGUUUUUAGCUUUAGCCCUGCUCGCAGGCUUGGCUUUGUCGGUGCAUGCCACGAAUCCACCGCGAUGGGAUGCAAAUUAUAUAGUCAAGGGCACGCUGUACAUCCCGUAUGCCGAGAUUGCCGAGCCUUUCUACGCCUGGUAUGACAAGAAUACAAAGCGAUCGCGCAUCGACUACUACGGCGGAAUGGUCAAGACCUACCAGCUGGCCGGCGAAGGGCAGUACGGAACCCUGCUGAAACUGGCACCGAUCACCACCCAGACGGAGACCAACAAGUUGACCUGCCUGCAGGUUAAUGGCACCGCCGAUCAGGCCGUCGAGAUCCAGAGUAUCCUGCCCGAUGCGAAACCCUUCAGCCUGGUAGCCACCGAAACCUUUCUGGGCUACACCUGCGACAAGUUCCGGCUGGAGACGAGCAUUGGCCAGAAGAAGAACGUCUAUACGUUGUGGGUGCGGUACAAGAAGUCACCGCACUAUCCGGCCAGUCGGAUGCCCAUUCCCGUGCGCUACGAGAUGAGGGGCUACAACACCCUGCUGGGCUCCCACUACGACCAUUACUACCUGGACUACGACAGCUACGAGCACGAUGAUAUACCCAACGAGGUGUUCGAGAUCGACGACAGCCUGCAGUGCGUGGGAUUCCCCGGACCCGGCACCGGUCACUAUGCCACCUUCAAUCCCAUGCAGGAGUUUAUAACUGGAACCGAUGAGCAUGUGGACAAGGCCUUCCACCACUUCAAGCACAAGCAUGGCGUCUCCUAUCGCACCGACUCGGAGCACGAGCAUCGCAAGAACAUCUUCCGUCAGAAUCUGCGCUACAUCCACUCGAAGAACCGGGCCAAGCUUACCUACACGCUGGCCGUGAAUCACCUGGCCGAUAAGACCGAGGAGGAGCUGAAGGCGCGUCGCGGUUACAAGUCGUCGGGCGGAUACAACACCGGCAAGCCGUUCCCCUACGAUGUGUCCAAGUACCAGGACGAGAUUCCCGACCAGUACGAUUGGAGGCUAUACGGCGCCGUUACGCCCGUUAAAGAUCAAUCGGUGUGCGGAUCCUGCUGGUCGUUCGGCACCAUUGGUCACCUGGAGGGCGCCUUCUUCCUGAAGAACGGCAACAAUCUUGUCCGGCUAUCGCAACAGGCUCUGAUCGACUGCUCCUGGGCCUUUGGCAACAAUGGCUGCGACGGUGGCGAGGACUUCCGCGUAUACCAGUGGAUGAUGGAGUCCGGCGGAGUGCCCACGGAGGAGGAGUACGGCCCUUAUUUGGGACAGGAUGGCUACUGUCACCUUAACAACGUAACGCUGGUGGCACCAAUCAAGGGAUUCGUGAACGUGACCACCAAUGACCCGAAUGCCUUCAAGCUGGCGCUGCUCAAGCACGGUCCUUUAUCGGUGGCAAUUGACGCCUCGCCAAGGACAUUCAGCUUCUACUCGCACGGCGUUUACUAUGAACCCUCGUGCAAGAACGAUGUGGAUGGACUAGAUCACGCUGUGCUGGCCGUGGGCUAUGGCAGCAUUAACGGAGAGGACUACUGGCUGGUGAAGAACUCGUGGUCCACGUACUGGGGCAACGAUGGCUAUAUCCUGAUGUCAGCACGAAAGAACAAUUGCGGUGUGAUGACCAUGCCCACCUAUGUAGAGAUGUAGAUGAACCCUGCACUCUAAUCUUUUUAUUUUGUGUAAUCUUUUUAUUUUGCCGCCCCGAGGGCGCUAAAUAUGCAAUACAUUUUAUGAACUCUUUUGUAA